AGCGUAGCAGGCGGUGCUCUGUGAAACUGAAUCAAACAAAGAAUGGCGCACUUCGCACUGUGACAAAUGGUUUGAACUUCGAAAUUUCAUUUUGUCGAUUACCGAAGCAAGCACGAUCCGACACCUAAUCUCCCCCCUUCUCUCUCCUCUCUCUCUCUCUCCUCCUGCUAUAUGAUUCAAAGGCCAAGAGCUUUGGCUCAAUGUCCAUGGAUUUGUUCUCUGUUAACACGAGCUGACGUUGUUUGCGUCGUUUGAGAACAAAUUCCAUGGUCAAAUUGCUGUUGCGAGCUCCAGUUUGAAUCUGAAAGAAAUCCCAGCUUCAGACGAUUUUAGGGUUUUUUUUUUUUUUUUUUCUUCUUCUUAUUCUUCGAGGAGAAUUCUAUCGUUCCUAAUAAUGCCGGUGCACGGAUCCAAAUCUGAGAAACCAGAUGCGGCGGUGUUGCACCGUCGAGAUGCGUAUGAUUUACUCGGUGUCUCCAGGAACUCCACGGACCAGGAAAUCAAGAGCGCUUACAGAAAAUUGGCUCUCAAGUAUCAUCCUGACAAGAAUGCAAACGAUCCCAAAGCUGCUGACAUGUUUAAGGAAGUCACUUUUUCCUACACCAUUUUGUCAGAUCCAGAAAAAAGACGACAAUAUGAUGCUGCUGGAUUUGAGGCUGUUGAAACAGAAAGCCAAGAAUUGGAGCUGGAUCUUUCAAGUUUGGGGACAGUGAACACCAUGUUUGCUGCCCUUUUUAGCAAGCUUGGCGUGCCAAUUAAAACAGCUGUAUCUGCAACAGUUUUGGAAGAGGCACUUAAUGGGGUUGUGACUGUUCAUCCGCUUCCAUUGGGCAUACCUAUUUCUAAGAAGGUUGAGAAACAGUGUGCUCACUUUUAUUCUGUUAUGAUAAGUGAAGAGGAAACACAGGGUGGAUUUGUUUGCCGAGUUCACUCACCUGAUAAAAGCAAAUUUAAGUUGUUGUAUUUUGAUCGGGAAGAAACUGGUGGAUUAAACCUCGCUUUACAGGAGGAGAGUACAAAGGUUGGAAAAGUCACAUCUGCUGGGAUGUAUUUUCUCGGGUUCCCUGUCUAUCGGUUGGAACAAACAUUGAACUCGAUGAUCUCUGCUAAGGAUCCAGAUGCUGCCUUUUUUAAAAAAUUAGAUGGUUUCCAGCCAUGUGAAAUAAUAGAAUUAAAGGCGGGGACUCAUGUCUUUGCAGUCUAUGGUGACAAUUUUUUUAAAAGUGCGAGCUAUACUAUUGAGGCAUUUUCUGCGGCGUCUUUUUCUGAAGAGAAGCAGAAUCUUAGAGCCGUGGAAGCUCAAAUUUUGACAAAAAGGGUGGAAAUGUCCAAAUUUGAAACGGAAUAUCGUGAGGUUCUAGCACAAUUUACAGAGAUGACUAGCAGAUACACUCAAGAAAUGCAAGUGAUCGACGACCUUCUCAAACAGAGGAAUGAAAUUCAUGCCUCCUACACAACUGGUCCUCCAGUAAAACAGAGUAGGAGCCGGAUUAGGGGUUCGGUUAAGGAAUCAAAAGAAGACAGCCAAAUAAGGGAGAGGAAAUCUAAAAGGGAUAGACCCAAGAAGAAAAAAUGGUUCAAUAUCCAUUUAAAGGUUGAUAAAAGAAAAUCUUGUUAAAAAGAGGUUGAGAAACAUGAAGGGAAGCUGAAUCUUUCCCCAAACCUAAUUUUUUUCGGUUGCAUUCGGAUUGAUUGGUAUCAAAAUGAAGAAGAUACGAGCGAGUAAUAGCCUCACCUGAUUGCUUAAUCAUAUGAAUAUGGCCUUAAACGACAUGGAGAUGCUGUGGAUGACAACUUGUCUACAAAGAAUCUCAUAGAUGGAUCCUUCCACCAGCAAAAAGCACGCGUGUGAUUGUAUUAUUUUCCUAUGAAGGCCAGCGCUAAACUGCUGUUUGUGUCAUAUAAUACAAUCAAGUUUUGUGAAUAGCAAUAUUAGCUGGAUUUCGCACAAUCGAGGUUUAGUUAUAUUCAUGGAGCUCAUCAAUCUGCUCUUGUAAGUGUUGAUGUUUCUAUUUACUGUAGCCAGGCUUGCAAUUCUGCUAUUUCGUCUCCGACUCCAUCGCUGAUGCCUGCCUGUAGCUGACAUGCAUGACGUUACGAGUCGAUCCAUGCCAAUGUCAACCCAAAUGCCAAGUUUAAUUUGGUAUGUAGGCUUGGGAAUGAGAGUAUAAUUUAAUUAGUUGAAUUGCUCUUGCAUUUGGGUUUUCAUUCUUGAAAGAGUCCAUUUUUGUUUGUAGAAAAUAAGAGUGAUAUUUUCUGUUUACUAAGAAAGUAUUCGAAAAAAGUUUGAGAACUGAGUCAUUGUGUAAAGAAAUAGUUCAUUC